CAACACAACUCGUGGACACAAGAAGUUGUGGCGAUAAUCAUGUCUAACGAUGAGUUCAAUUACGUUAAGCGCCAGAAAAUCAUACACUUUGGGAGUCUUGAGGAGAAGGAGAGGGAGAGACUGUCCUCCAAGGGGUCGGCGGUCGGUGUCAACCGAAACAUCAAUAUUAACACUUCCGAUGAAUAUCUGGAGGUCGAGAGGGAUGUGAUGUCCAAAGAGAAACUGUCGGUAUUGGAGGACUUCGAGCGCCGGAAGAAAGCCCGACAAAUACCCGUCUCUACCGAUGAUAUCGAAGUGAGGGCUCACUUAAGACAAAUCAAUGAACCAAUUUGUCUGUUCGGUGAGGGACCGGCCGAUCGCAGGGAACGGUUAAGACAAUUGUUGGCCCGUUUAGGCGAAGACGCCAUCCGGAAGAAGAAGGAGGACGAGAAGGGCGACCAAAAGGAGUCAACGCAGACCUGGUACCACGAGGGACCCGAAUCACUGCAUAAGUCCCGGUCGUGGAUCGCCGACUAUUCCAUCCGAAGAGCCAAUGAUAGGCUCGAAACGGCCAGAAUUCAGAGACAAACGCCCGAAGAGACUCGAGAGGCCGCCUCUCAGGAGUUGUACAAGAAUUUGGGCCAAAUUGAGAUCAGUUGCAGUCAAGUCGGCGACAUUCGGCCGCUUUCCAGCUGUCAAUUCAGUCCCGACUGUUCACUUGUGGCCACUUCUUCCUGGAGUGGUUUAUGUAAACUAUGGACAAUGCCUUCCCUGGAGUUACGGUCAACACUUCGCGGCCACAACUGUAACGCCGGACAAAUCACUUUUCAUCCAAAAUCAACUAUAAGUCAAUCGGAAGAAGCGUUAAAUCUAGCGUCUUGUGGUGUCGACGGAUCCGUCUUCUUGUGGAACCUGAAGAGUGAGGAACCGAUCGGUAAUCUCGAGGGUCACGAACCGAAUCGUGUCAGUCAUUUGGACUUUCAUCCGAGCGGUCGCUUUUUGGCCACUUGUUGUUACGACAACUCAUGGCGUUUGUGGGACUUAGAGGGCGGCGAAGAGGUUCUCCAUCAGGAGGGACACAGCAAACCCGUUCACGACCUGUCCUUCCAGUGCGACGGCUCACUCAUCGCGACCGCUGGUCUCGAUUCGUUUGGCAGGGUUUGGGACCUGAGGACCGGCCGAUGCAUUAUGUUUAUGGACGGACACCUGAAGGGCGUACUCGGCAUCGACUUCUCGCCCAACGGUUACCAAAUAGUGACCGGAAGUGAAGACAAUAGCGUCAAGAUAUGGAACCUAAGGGAGCGAAAGCUGGAGUACACGAUCGCCGCCCACACGAACGUCAUCUCCAAAGUGCUGUUCGAGAAAACGAUCGGCAAUUAUAUAAUGACCGCUUCCUAUGACAACACUGUCAAACUGUGGGCACAUCCCGGGUGGACACCCAUCAAGACUCUUAGCGGACACGACGGCAAAGUGACGGCCGUUGAUGUGUCGCCCGAUAAUAAGCAUUUAAUCACAUCCUCUUUCGACCGAACGUUCAAAUUAUGGCAAAAAGAGUAACGUUUGCCACAAAUAAGUAGAC